UCCAACGCCAUUCAUCCGGCUUGCCUCGAGCCACACGACUCUGGACCGUGCCGCGCUUAUAUUCCCAGCUUCUACUACGACCCUAGCACAAACACCUGCAAGCGUUUUUACUACGGUGGUUGUGGUGGCACUAGCAACCGUUUCUACAGCAAGGAGGCAUGUCUAGACGCCUGCACCGGCCGUAGAUCCUCCUGGAUUCUCAGGCCAGUGCCUAGACCCGGUUACUAUCCUGAGUUUGAAGAACCGUGGUGGAGGUCAAGAGAUCGGUAA